AUGUCAGUAGACAAUUCGAAAGUUCUACAAAAUAACGAAAACUCUGCUCUUCCUACAGAAGAUGAAAUUGAGUAUGAGGCCAGCAAUGGUUCUGGUAUAUAUUCACUUAUUAGAGUAGCAAAGGUUGAGAGAAAGAUGUUUUGGAUCAUGGCAGCUAUGUUCUUUAUUAUCUCCUUUAUUUAUUCGGUGGCUAGAGUGCUUAAAGAUGCCGCUGUUAUUGGUAAACAACUCCCAGCGUCAAUUUUCUUUUUGAAAUUUGUUAUUAUCCUUCCGUUCUCAUUUAUUUCAGUAGGUAUUAUUCAGAAAGCUUUAGAUAAAUAUCCUUUUACAAAAAUAUUUGAUGUAACUUUAAUAGUUUUCGCUGUUGCAUUUACUAUACUUGGUAGUUUAUUACUUCCCUUUAGUGAUUAUAUUCAGAUUCAACCGUUUUGGGCCAAAGAUAUUUUUGCUGAUGGAAAAGCUGUUGCCAGAAGUACAGAUUUUUUAUUUUCUAUUGCACUUGUUUUCAAUGAAUGGACAAGUUCUGCUAUCUAUGUUUUAUCUGAAAUGUUUGGUAGUUUGAUUCUUUCAUAUUUAUUUAUGACGUUUGCUAAUGGUCUUUCGACUCCUGGACAGUCCGCUAGAUUUGUCCCUUUAUUUUAUGUUGGAUCUAAUUUGGCUUUACUUCUUUCAGGAAUGAUAAAUUACUUUUAUAGUGUAAGUAAAUCUAAAAUGUCGUAUGUUGCGGCCGAAAGAUUUUUUAAUGGAUUUUUUUGUCUGAGUGGAAUUCUCUGUGCUGUAAUUUAUCUUCUAAAAAAAUAUUUAGAAAAUAAUGUUACUAGCAAACCAAUGUUUGUUAGAAAGACUUUUACUAAAAAGAAGAGUAAAGUGAAGGUUGGAUUUGUUGAUGGACUUAUUGAGAUGAGUAAAUCUAAACUACUGUUGAAUAUGUCAUUAGUCGUAUUAUUUUAUGCUGUUUCUACGAAUAUUAUUGAGUCAGCUUAUAAAUCUGCUUUAGCUGUCGGUGCUAAUGAAACUGGUGAGGCAAAAUCUACCUAUGCUUCAAUUUAUACAUCAAUUGAACAAUCUGGAGUUGCUGUCAUUGUCAUGAUUUUGCUACUUACCCCUUUUCCAAGGCUUAUUAAAACAAAAGGAUGGAUUACAAUAGCCAUUCUAUGUCCUAUUAUUACUUUUUUUUCUGCUUUUGGUACUUUUGUAUUAGCUUAUUUAAACUUCCCAAUUACAAACAAAGAGGAUAAUAUAUUUGAUAUUUACCGUUUACCGUCAACUGAUUCUAUAAUCAAAUUAGAAAAUAUUGUUGGUGUCAUUUGUGUAUCUUUAAUGAAGAUUUCUAAAUAUGCAGCAUUUGAUAUCACAAAAGAGGCUUUGUCUAUGCAGAUUGAUGGUUCUAUAAGAGCGAAAUACAAAGGUAUUUUUGAUGGUGUAUUUGGUAAGCUGGGGAAAUCUUUUGGAUCAGUUUAUGGAUUUACAAUUACUACAUUAUUAGGAACAAGAGAUGUUCGUAGAGGUGCUCCUAUAUCGCUUUGUGUUCUAAUAUUGUUCUGCCUUAUAUGGUUUUAUUCUGUUUUCUAUCUCAAUAGAAAAUAUAAAGAAUCUGUCGAGAAUAAUGCACCAAUUGAUAUUGAUUUAUUCACUAGUUCAAAAGUCAAGGCACCUUCUUCUGAACCUACUGUUGCUACCAAAAGUGUUACUACAGAAGAAUAA